AUGCAGUAUUUGAAUACUUCCCUUUCCUGUGUGACUUUUCCUCUCCUGAUUCUCUUUCCACAGCAAUCAGGACUUUAUGAAUACAAAAUCUAUGGUGGUCUUGCUGACUGUCCACCAGAACUAUGUGCAGAUGUCUACAUGGAUUUAGAUUUUAGAAAACAAUGGGAUCAGUAUGUUAAAGAACUGUAUGAGAAAACUUACGAUGGUGAAAAAAUAAUCUACUGGGAAGUGAAGUACCCUUUUCCUCUCUCAAACAGAGAUGUAUCCUUUCAAGCUUUUUGUUUUCCUUGCAGUUUUUCACCUGGAAGAGUGUGGGUGUUCCUCCUCAAGAGUGUGUCUGUUCCCCAGUUCCCAGAAAAGCCCGGGAUUAUCAGAGUUCAAAGCUACAAACAAAGUCUCGCAAUUGAAAGUGAUGGCAAAACUGGAUCUAAAGUCUAUAUGUACUAUUUUGAUAAUCCUGGUGGCAUGCUCCCAUCGUGGCUGGUCAACUGGGCUGCCAAGAGUGGUGUGCCUGCUUUCUUGAAGGACAUGCAAAAUGCUUGCCGUAAUUAUUCCAAGAGCACAUAGGCCACAUCCAAUUUAUUUGGACUGAUAUUUAGCACUUACAGGAAUGGCUAUCAUACAGUGCACUGGAUAACACCUCUAACACUGGAAAUAAUUUUGUUUUAGUUGGCUUAAGCCUUGAAUUUUAUUAGACCUUUGUUUCCAUCUUGAAUGGAAGAGCCAUCGAUCAACAAGGUAUUACCAAAGUCAGCUGCCUUCUUUUCAAAGUACUUCAUUUUUGACUUGACCCCAGCUUUAUGCUGCUUGUCUGUAUGUCAGCUAGA